AAUGGGGAAAUUGAGAAAUUGAGAAAGAAAGUUGUCCCAGGUUUUGAUUUGCUUUCACUUUGGUUCGAUUUGAGACGACGUGGUGAAAGUUAUAAUUUUAAAGCCUGAUUAAUUAUAGUUAAAUUCAUGUAAUAAUGAGCACUUCAUUCGUUAAAAUAUAAUGGACCCUUAAUAAGGGUUUCUUGUGCAUGUAAUUUGGCUGGAUUGGUGGAUAUUCCAGGAAAAGAUGAGUGAAAGCGUGGAGAAAGUCUCAUCACGUGGAAGCUCAACUAGCGCGGAAAUCAUAACGGAUCACAACUUUAUUCCAGUUUGGGUUCAUCUGACUUUCUUUGUUUUGUUUUUAAUAUAAAUAUUCUUCCAAAUAUAAAUAAAAGUUUAAUUUAUAACUGUUUUUCACAUAAUUUUGGAAAACAAUAUGCGUUUUAAGCUGACAAUGAGAUAAGUUGUUUUUCUACGGAUAUGAGGAAACGGGUUCACCCACUUUGCAUGAGGCUGAACAGACGAAAUAAGUUUUGAAAUCGAAAUAAUGGCAGAAGAUGAUUUACCAGCUUGUGAAGAAGUCAAUGCGUUUCUUCCAACGGCUGCUCCUCUUGUCGACGAUUCAAUAUUACCUCCUUGUGAGCUCGUCGAAAACAAUAAGAAAUAUCAACAAGAGAUGUACCAUGAUCUUAUUGGUAGAGGAUUAGAUCCACUCAGCAUUCCUUCGAUUGCUAGACACAUCCUUUCAUACCUGCCCUACCAAGAAUUGGCCGUUUGUCGUCAAGUUUGUCACCUUUGGACAGAAGAGGCGACAAAGUUGUUUGAAACCCGGGCAAAAAUUUCUAUCCAUCCCUUCAUCAAUCUCCACGCAUUUAUCGACCUGGUAAAAGACCAUUCCGGACCUUGGAGAGAUCGGAUGAGCAUCGGAUCCCUGCGAACAUUCAAUAUCAAACUACAAACAAAUCUCGAUGGGGGAAAACAUAUUGACAAGCUUUUUAAAAUAUUAGGAGAUAAAAUUGCAAGGACAGAAAUCAGCACGGAAAUCGGGAGUGAGUCAACGAUUUGGAAGAUCCUUCAGAAAUAUGCGAAUCAACUACACUCCAUCAUUCUCACCGACGCCUUAAGCUGCAAUCCCACACGACUCGCCAUGUCUGCCCUUGUGCACAAAGAAUUUUUCAACAGCGGCGAAAUUGUGUUGCCCUCCGUGAAAGAACUUCGCCUCGACCAGACCUUGGAUGACGGCGUCCCCAUAAUUCCCGACCUACACAAUCCCCUCGACCUUCUCAUACCCCUCACACCAUCCAGCGCGGUUCAAAACUUGGCAAUUUUACUGCUAAAAUUGUUCCCUAAUUUGGAAGUUUUACAGCUCAAUAACCGCUUCGACGACUCGAGCUUAUUCGUCACCUUACUCGGAGAAAUAUCCGCUCAUCCAGAUUUCAACAAUCCGUGCAAAUUCCUAAAAAUUAUCGACUUCCCAUUAAAUCUUAAUGAAGCGGAGGUGAUUUUAAUUCACGAAAAGUUUAACUGGCCACUGGAAAGGUUACAGCUCUCGCUCCGACCCGGUCUCCGGUUUCCAGCCUUGUACGCAUGGCUGUCUUCCUUAGGGUCAACCUUGACCAGGUUGGACUUGGAUUUCGUCCUUAUUCCAGCCACUCCGGAAACAUUCCCUUGUGGAUACGACCUCGUUAAGAUGGAGACCUUAACCUUGAAGAAUUACUACGGACCGUUGGACUUCCUCCCCUUCAUGGACAAGCUGGAAUCUCUCACCCUGACCAACGUCAAUCUCUCCGUCGCCUUUCGAGACGAGCCAGAAAAGAGUUGCUGUGACCAGAUGAGAUCACUUCAAAUCAUGUCAGGUCACAGUAACGCGGGGAGAAUGAGUUUUGCUCAUAUUUACAAAAACAUUGCCAAAUUUUUCCCACACUUGCGAAAGUUCCGUGGCGACUACUUGUCGGACUCUAACUUGAGGAUAUUGAUACGUGAGUGUCCCCUCAUCGAGGAGCUGCUUCUGGCCGAUUCGGUCAUCACGGAUGAAGGAAUCACAGGAAUUCCGUUCGCAAAAUGUCACGAACUUCAGAUGAUGCUGGAUCAUCAAGUGGAUGCUGAUUUAGUGGAGGGCGCAAGUGACAUAGUGAAGCAGGAUUCGAUUGGAGACUUGAAAUAUUUGAAGAAACUUCACAUAAAUUCACCAAGGAUCUCAAACGUGUCGAUAUUCCAUGGUCUCAUUAAUUGUAGAAAUCUUUACGAGUUGUGCAUGUCUUCACCACUGAUAACAUCUCCAGUCAUCCUAUAUUUUGUGAAGAAAGUGAACUUGAAAUAUUUCCGACUCUUCCUCACCCGUUCGUACAGGAUCACACGGAACGAUAUCUUAUCCCUCCUCGAAAAAGAUGCGUCUUCUUCCCCUCUCUCCAAAAAUACUACUUUGAUACUCGACGGGAAAUGCAAUGCAUGCGGUGUAUCGGAAACUGACUGAUGAAAACAAUUUCAUUUCUCCAUUUGACUGAAAAAGUACAUAGUUGACUUGAAAAAAAUUACAUAAAUCAGUAAACUCCAACCCUGGAUAAAAAUUACAUCUCAAUUCAAUCCUUGUUUUUCCUGCUUAUAUAUAAAAACCCACAGGGCAGCCUUGUUUAGCCCGAGUCAGGUUGCUAUUUAUAAUUCAGGCCACUACAGAUUUUUUAUAUUUUUUCCCCCACAUUUUGCUCAUCUUCGAACUUGAUUCGAUUCCUAAUUUUACAUACUUGUGUCCAAAAUUUCAAGUCGAUUGGAAAACUUUUACAAGCGUAACCGAUAGACAGACAGACAACCAUGACACAUAAGCCCUGACUCGGGCUAAAAAUCGUUCGUGCUGAACGAUUUCAUCUUCAUUUUAAUGUUUUCAUAAAUCUUGACAUAAUAGUUGGUCCAGUUUGUACUCUCGUGAGUGCAAUGGAGCCAGUAACUUUUUGUAAAGUAAAAUGUAUCGGAAACGUAUAAAACGGGCAACAUUUACUCUCGAGCGAUGGAUGCUAUAAUAAUAUUCCACCUCAUUUCGCCCUCCUAAUGUUUUUCCUCCGAUACCAAAAUGAGUUGAGUUUAAUAACGAAUCGGCAUCCAGGCAGGAGAGUAAAGAAAGAAAAAAAAACACUUUGCACAAAUCCAUUACAGUUAUGUGAUGCGAUAUAUGGGGUGGUAAUAGCGCAUAAUGGGUACGGUUAUUACGUAAAUGCUGCUCGUGGGUGGUGAAAUCUGAUCAUAUUCGAAGAAAGGCAGAGAAAUUGUGGGGGAGAAAAAUGGGUCAAUUUAUUUCUGGGAAACAAGAAUAUAUUUUGCUUUAAAUAUUAUGAAACAAUUAUUGAUCAAGAAAACGCAUGUUAUUUUUAAAUUUGUAGCAUAAAAACCUAUUCCACGAGUUCCGCUUCGACUGGACGCAAAAUAUGUAUAUGUAAAAAAAUAAAAACCGGUUAUUUAUUGUAUCAAAAAAA